CGCAUACGGGCGCGUGACAGAGUCAGCGUGACGCAGUGAGGGAAGUCUGCGGCCUGCUCUGCUCAGUAAACACAGCUCUUUUUUCCUAAUUAAACGCGUUAUUAGCGGUCAUGGCGCAGAGUAUGAUGCUGUACUGGGGCUCUGGUUCUCCCCCGUGCUGGAGAGUCAUGAUUGCGCUCGAGGAGAAGAUGCUGCAGGGAUACAAACACAAACAUCUGUCGUUUGACAAGAACGAACACAAGUGUGAAGAAGUCAAAGCUCUCAAUCCCAGAGUUCAGCUUCCGACUUUCAAGCACGGAGACAUCGUCGUGAACGAGUCGUUUGCUGCGUGUCUGUAUCUGGAGAGCGCGUUUAAGUCUCAAGGAUCCCGUCUGAUCCCAGACGACCCGGCUGAACAAGCGCUCGUCUACCAGCGAAUGUUUGAGACCAACAACCUGCAGCAGAAAAUGUCUUUCUACGAGUGGUAUGUUCCUGAAGAAGAAAGACACGAAUCGACUCUGAAGAGGAAUAAAGAGAGUUUAAUCACCGAGCUCAAACUGUGGGAAGGAUACUUGGAGAAGAUGGGUAAAGGCUCGUACCUCGCUGGUAAGAACUUCACCAUGGCCGAUGUGGUGUGUUUCCCCGUCAUCGCGUAUUUCCCACGACUUCACUGUCCUCGAGAGCGUUGUCCCAGACUGAUGGAGUACUACGAGAUGCUGAAGGACCGUCGCAGUAUUAAAGCCAGCUGGCCUCUUGAGUGGCUGGAGACACCUGAGGGUCCAGACACGUUCAAGAACCUGUGAAGAACAUGCAGAAAUGCAUUCAGUUUAAGUUUAAGUUCAGUUUACUGUAUUAAACCACAACCCUUGACUCUGGUCAGUCUAGUUUAGAUUUGCCAGACGUUUAAUGUUUAAUCUCAAUCAUUCAUCUUUAACACAGCAGGCUGCUUUAUUUUUGAACUCAAUAAGCUCAUUGUUAUCGUGUGUGUAAUGAUUAACAUCCACAGCUUGUUGUGUGGCACUAAAGGUUUUAUCCCGUUCAGUCCAAAUAAAGAUCAUAUUCACCAUCAUUACAAGAAAUGAA